AUGUUAAACACUUAUAUCUGCCUCCCUUUCCUUCUUUCUUUCCCCUCCUUUCCCUCUUUCUUUCCCCCUCUCUUUCCCCCCCCCUCUUUCCUUCCCCUCUCUUUCCUUCCCCUCUCUUUCCCUUCCCCUCUCUUUCCCUCCCCCCUCUCUUUCCUUCCCUCUCUCCUUUUCUUUUCUUUCCCUCUCUCCUUUUUCUUUCUCUUUCCCUCUCUCCUUUUUCUUUCUCUUUCCCUCUCUCCUUUUUCUUUCUCUUUCUCCCUCUCCUUUUUCUUUCUCUUUCUCCUCUCCUUUUUCUUUCUCUUUCUCCUCUCCUUUUUCUUUCUCUUUCUCCCUCUCCUUUUUCUUUCUCUUUCUCCCUCUCCUUUUUCUUUCUCUUUCUCCCUCUCCUUUUUCUUUCUCUUUCUCCCUCUCCUUUUUCUUUCUCUUUCUCCCUCUCCUUUUUCUUUCUCUUUCUCCCUCUCCUCUUUCUCUCCUCUUCUCCCUCUCCUCUUUCUCUCCUCUUCCCCUUUAAAUACCGUAAUUCCAUUAUUUGGUAUUGGAAGGGUGUAA